UUCUGAAAAUUCUUCCUUCAUUGGUUCUUAAAACAUUUCAUAAUUAUUGAAGGCUCAUUAUGAAGGCUGUCUCAAUUUCUUCCUCCAAAAUGCUAAGGAAUAAUUUAGACAACAGUACAGACUCUAAAAAUGAAGAUGGCUCCGUCUUUUCACAGACUGAACACAAUAUUGUUGCAGCUUACUUGAUCACAGCAGGUAUAAUAAGUAUUUUCAGCAACCUAAUAGUUCUGGGCAUCUUCAUUAAGUAUAAGGAACUUCGGACACCCACAAAUGCAAUUAUCAUUAACCUGGCUGUUACUGAUAUAGGAGUCAGUAGCAUCGGAUAUCCCAUGUCGGCAGCUUCAGAUCUGUAUGGAAGUUGGAAAUUUGGAUAUGCAGGAUGCCAGAUUUAUGCCGGAUUGAAUAUCUUUUUUGGAAUGGCAAGUAUUGGAUUACUCACUGUUGUGGCCAUGGAUCGAUACCUGACCAUCUGUAGUCCUGACACAGGAAGAAGAAUGACCACCAACACUUACAUCAGCAUGAUUCUGGGGGCCUGGCUCAAUGGUCUCUUUUGGGCUUUGAUGCCUAUUAUAGGGUGGGCUAGUUAUGCCCCGGAUCCUACUGGGGCUACUUGUACCAUAAACUGGCGGAAAAAUGAUGCAUUUUUUGUUUCUUUCACGAUGACAGUUAUUGCAGUAAAUUUUAUUGUGCCCUUGACAGUGAUGUUUUACUGCUAUUACCAUGUCACUCGAUCCAUUAAAUGCCAUACUACUAGUAACUGCACUGAGUAUCUCAACAGAGAUUGGUCAGACCAGGUAGAUGUAACAAAGAUGUCCGUGAUAAUGAUAUUUAUGUUUCUGGUGGCCUGGUCCCCUUAUUCCAUUGUGUGCUUAUGGGCUUCUUUCGGUGACCCAAAGAAGAUUCCUCCCUCAAUGGCCAUCAUAGCUCCACUAUUUGCAAAAUCUUCUACAUUCUACAAUCCCUGUAUUUACGUGGUUGCUAAUAAAAAAUUUCGGAAGGCAAUAUUUGCCAUGUUCAAAUGUCAGACUCAUCAAGCAAUGGCCGGGACGAGUAUUUUACCAAUGGAUGUAUCUCAAAACCCGCUGGCUCCUGGAAGAAACUGAAAUAAGAGAAAAUCACAGAGAGAGAGAGAGAGAGGGGCGCAGAGACACAGGCAGAGGGAGAAGCAGGCUCCAUGCACCGGGAGCCCGACGUGGGAUUCGAUCCCGGGUCUCCAGGAUCGCGCCCCGGGCCAAAGGCAGGCGCCAAACCGCUGCGCCACCCAGGGAUCCCGUAUUCUUCAUUUUUAAUUAACAUUUUUCUGUAUAUGUAUUUCCAUAUGUUUGCCACUAGAAUUAAUCAGGGAGGUUUGUGUAUUUGUUCUCUUUUUCCUUUGUUUGUCUGAAAUUUAUUUUUAUUGUGGCAAGAACACAACAUGUGAUCUACUCUCUUAACCAGUUUUUGUCUACAAUACAGUAUUGGUAACUAUAAGUACAGUAGUAUAUAGCAGAUCUGUAGAACUUCUUAUCUUGUUUAACUGAAACUUUAUGUAUAUUGAUAGCUGGAUGCUUGUUCUUUGGUGUAUCUUUAGCAGGUAGAUGCAUUUUGCCUGGCAUGUAAUAGUCACUCAAUAAAAAAAAAUUGUUGAAUGCUGAAUGCAUUUAUAAA